CUGGAAAACUCGAGAGCUUCCUAAAACUUUUGAGAUAAACCCCAGAAUAAUCUCGCCUCAACAAAUGGAAAAUGAAUGAUUCCAUUGGAAUCAUUCCGGUAAGGUUUCUGUGAAGUGCGAUUGAAAAACGGUGAAAGAUUUAUAAUAUGUGGAUAUCUGAGAAUUAUUGGUCAUCCAGAAAAAAGCCGGUCGUUGUGGAAUAUAUAAUAGAAACAGAGAGCUCGGUUUAUUCGAGUUCUUCUCGAGAGGUACAUAGUAUCGAUUCAAUUUCUCCGUCUUUCGAAAUUGUGCAUAAUUGAAAGUGCUAUCCCCUGAUAAACACUGUCUCAUCUUAGAACAGGCAGUCGGUCAAGUUGUCAAUUGGAUCUGAAGAUUAUGCAGUUCAAGGUUAUCCAGUUGAUGCUGUCUUUGGCAGUUCACAUUUCUGGUGGAUAUGCCCAGCAUUUCGAGAACAUUGUCAAUGGACAGAACACCCGGUUAGGACAGUUCCCUCAUCAGGUAUCCAUGCAGCAGGCAAGCUCUCAUUUCUGCGGAGGCAGCAUCAUCGACGCAAUGCACAUUCUGACAGCUGCCCAUUGUGUUUUCGAUGAAAACGACAGAAUGCUUCGUCCAGAAAGUAUUCGAAUCGUUACAGGUGUCAUCGAUUAUCGAGCUGCUAAUUACGAAAAUACAUUCCCUGUAGCCAUGAUCAUCCCUCACCGAAAUUAUCAUUCGUUUGCGUUGAUGAAUGAUAUUGCUAUUGUGAAGUUGGCUCGUCCUAUUCCCUUCAACUCUCUUCAAAAACCCAUUCGCCUACCAACAAAAAACACUUUCCCUGGUACCGUUGCCACAGCUAGUGGUUGGGGAGCUGUAUGGGGAGAUAGACCAGAAACAGCGGGUCCUUUGCCGAAAUAUUUGCAACAACUUGGGAUGAUUGCUAUCAGCCGGGGUGAAUGUGCCAGAAUGCAUGGCAAUCAAAUAUUUCCAGGACAAUUAUGCGCCACUCGUACUCGAGGAACUGGAAUCUGUUUCGGUGAUAGUGGCGGUCCUCUUAUCAGCAAUGGUGAAAUCAUAGGGAUUGCUUCCUUCGUAAAGGGCGGAUGUGCUAGUCAAUACCCAGAUGUUUUCACACACGUUUACCUUUAUCUGCCAUGGAUUCAGGAAGUCUUGGCACGUUAUUAAUCGCAAUCGAUUUUCUAGUCGUUUAAUUUAUCAGUUACUAAUUCAUCAUUUUUAUGACAAUACGUUGAAUGUAUUUUUAUGCUCAAAUGUUGUUUCGAUGUUUAUAUUAUUAAUUGUUGUACGUGUACAUUUUGCAUCUAUUUAUUGUUUUUUUAUAUGGUUGGUUGUUUGAUGCGAUGACUUUAUAAAUCAUCUGUCAUAAAUCAAUCAAUUAAAUUUCUAUUACGAAUGAAUAAACAAUGAAAACAA